AUGUUCGUUGCUGCCAUACCUCAUGAUCUUCAUAAAGAUGCAUGUGCAAGAGUUUUGGUUCCAGCCUCGUGGGACCAACACUUCAAUGGGUGCUUCAACCGUAAGAAAGUGUCAAUUUCCUACUGCAACCAAGAGACUGCGGUAGAUGCCUUUAGAAAAAGACUCAUCCCAGACAGUGAGCUAUACGAGGAACUCACCAAAUUCAACUGCAAUACAAUAGAGGACGUGUUGGCCCGCGUUUGGGUAGAAAUAAGGUGGGAAGAAGACGAAGUCUACAAAGCGAAGCAAAACUCCACCACCGAUCGUCACCAUCGCCAAGUGGAGAGACGAAAAGAAUGGCAUUCGGCCGAGCUGUAUCAAGUAAAAAGAGGGCCUACAAGGGGCAACAGAUACCCCAAUGAUCAUCACACGGCUCGGCAUAGCGAGAGGGCACUUGAUCAACCCCAAAGGUACAAGAUGCCCGAUUACAACCUGAACAUCGAGCCGACAGAGGUAGUCGCAAUGAUGAAAGAAAUGGGAAAGGUAGUCCUGUGGCUAGCAAAGCUGAAGCAUACUGGGACUAAGCGUGACACUACCAAAUGGUGUGAGUUUCACGAAGAUCAUAGACAUGUCACUGCCAAAUGCAUAGCCCUCUGUCUGGAAGUCAUGGAAUUACUAAAAAGGGGCCACCUUCGAGACUUUCUGAUCGAGAAAGGCAAGAACACAAUAGCAAACAAGGAUCGCCAAAUAACGCCUCCACCAAAGGCACCACCCACUGACGGUAUGUGCAACAUGAUCUCUGGCGGGUCAGAAGUAAAUGGAGUCACCUACUCACGACGAAACGCCACGCUAGAUCCGUAG